AUGCCAUAUGUGGGCAUUGGUGCUCAACCCGAUUCCAAAACUUCUUUGGUUGGUAAACCUAUGCUGAAGGUGUAUGCUCUGAUCCUUUUUUCCAUUUUCCUUACAUUUGGAAUAGCCUUAUUGGGAAAGUAUCACAAAGAUCAUCCUACACCUGUGCAACGGUCCGUAACUAUAAAUGAUGUUCAUGAAUCCAUCUCUAGCUAUCUCAUUGAUGCCGUCAACGGCACCAAGAUGAAGGAAAAUCUCAGACUUCUUACGAAGGAACCUCAUCUUGCUGGCUCGGAAGCAAACAAGAAAGUAGCUUAUAAGAUCGCCAAGUUGUGGGCAGAUGCUGGACUGGAAGAUGUUCAUUUCAUUCCUUAUGAAGUUCUUCUCUCUUAUCCAAACGUCUCUUCUCUCAAUAGAGUCAUUUUGGAUGAUUCGAGAGGAAAAAACAUUUUCACUUCAUCUGGUAUGAGUCCAGCAAUUAUUCAGGACGAACAAAAAGGAAAAUACGCUGGAGUUCAAUGGCUUGCGUGGGCCGCUACUGGCAGAGUAACGGCUGAUGUUGUUUAUGUAAAUCGUGGGAAGGAAGAAGACUUUGAAAACUUGAAGAAUAUGGGAGUAGAUCCAGAAGGUAAAAUAGCUCUGAUGCGAUAUGGUGAAGGAUUCAGAGGGGAUAAGGUUCAUAUAGCUCAGAAAUAUGGUGCCGUUGGAGCCAUCCUUUUCUCAGACCCCAGCGAUGUUGCUCGUGAAGGAAUUGAUAAAGCACACAUUUAUCCAAGGACUGUUUGGAUGCCUGAAGAAGGAGUGCAAAGAGGUUCUACAAUGCAUGGUGACGGAGAUCCUUUAACACCACUGUAUCCAAGUAAAAAAGAAUUGUUCUCUCAACGUACUAUUGAGCAAGCUAAGAAAGAUGGUAUCAUUCCAUCUAUUCCAGUACUCCCGGUUUCCUAUACUACUGCAUGGCAAAUUCUAUCGAGAAUGGCUGGUAGACCCGUACCGUUAAACUGGCAAGGCUUCAUAAAUGUCACCUAUAGGGUUGGACCAGGUUUUCGAAACAAAGAGAAGCUCACUAUUGAUGUUAGUGGUUACCUCCAGAAAAAAACGAUAAGAAACGUAGUUGGAUAUAUAAGAGGACAUGAUGAACCGGAUCGUUAUGUCAUUCUCGGAAAUCACUAUGAUGCUUGGGUUUAUGGGGCAAUGGAUCCGAACAGUGGAACAGCCAUGCUAGCCGAAGUCGCGAGAGCUAUGAUGCAGACUGUCAAUCAAACAAAUUGGCGUCCAGCGAGGACUAUCAUGUUCACUGCUUGGGAUGCAGAAGAGUAUGGACUAGUGGGUUCAACAGAGUUUGUAGAAGAAUUUCACGACAUUCUGAGAAAAAGGGCUGUUGUAUACCUGAACAUGGAUUGUCUUCAGGGGAACUCAAGUUUACAUGUUUUUACUAUUCCUACUCUAUAUAAGGUAGCAAUAGAAGUUUCGAAAAAGAUUGCGAACCCAAAUCCUAAAGAGAAAGCUAAAGGAAGGGAAACUUUGUUCGAUUCGUGGGUUAAAACUUUCCCAUCGGGUCAAGUUGGAGUACCCAAGAUCCCUGUUCCUUCUGGAGGAUCAGAUCAUGCCCCGUUUUUGAACUAUGCAGGUGUGCCGGUAAUCGACUUCAACUUCAAAAACACCAGCACUUUCGAUACUUAUCCUCUUUACCAUUCAUUGUAUGAAACACCAUUCCUCAAUGAGCAUCUUCUGGACCCAAACAACUUUGUGAUUCAUAAAGCGCUAGGUCAAUACUGGGCUGAACUUGCUCGAGUUUUUGUCGAUGAAGCUGUUCUUCCUUUUAACUCUACCGAACUUGCAGCUACAUUCAUUAAGGAAUACCUGCCUAUACUAAGGAAAGAGCUCUCAGAUUCAUAUUACUUCCCCAAAGCAAUUGAACCAGCUAGGAUUCAGCUGAAUCUGUUGAGUAAAACUGCCCAAGAUUUUUAUGAAAUCAGCAAGAAGUUUGAAGCUUCUGUCACCUGGGCACGAGCUGUGUUCUCACAGAACCCCUAUGAUAACAAGCAGAUCACUGCAGUCAAUGAAAGGAUGAUGAGCUUGGAGCGUUGUUUCAUUAACCCUAGAGGGAUCCCUGGAGCCCCCGCUUCACGUCAUGUACUGUUCUCCGUCAGUGCGAAGGACAGUUAUUCAAGCGCAGUGAUGGCUGCUAUAAGUGAUGCCGUUGACGCCUUCAAAAAGGCAGAAACAGAUCUUGAGAGGAUAGAACUAGGAAGAGAAGUAGCUCAUCAGAUUUCUAUUGUUCAAUUUUCAAUUAUAUGUGCUAUCAAUACGUUGAGAGAGAACAUAUAG